UUUCCUCUCCCCCAACCCAACCGGUGGGGCAAGAAGAUCGGAGCAAAAGAAACCGGAAAAAUAGCUUAAAAUAAAACAAACAAGAAACCAUUUUAAUGGGUUUCCGGAUCCCAAAUGUCACCGGCUUCCACCGGGCCUACCGCGCUGCUAGGACCCCCUUAAAUGGCCACCGGCUCGUUCCUUUCAUCCCCGCCGCCUCCUCGGCGGAGGAGCACCAGAACCAUUCGAGGGUCGGCAAAAGAUGGCACGUCGGCCACUCCCACGACCACCACCACCACCACGCCGGGAAGGGUCCAGAUGCGGAGGGAAUCUUCCGGCUAGGGCUCGCUGCCGACGUAGCCCUCGCCACCGGGAAGGCCCUCACCGGGUACGUCUCCGGCAGCACCGCCAUCGUCGCCGACGCCGCCCACUCCGUCUCCGACAUCGUCUUGAGCGGCAUUUCUUUGUGGUCGUUUAGAGCGGCCAAGGCCCCCAAGGACUCGGAACACCCUUAUGGACAUGGCAAGUUUGAGACUCUUGCAGCUCUUGGGAUUUCCAGCAUGCUUUUGGCAACUGCAGGCGGUAUUGCAUGGCAUGCUGUUGAUGUUCUACAGGGGCUUUUGGCAUCAACUACAGAUAUGGUUAAUCACACAUGGGAACAUAGCCAUCAUAACCACAGUGAUGGUGGCCAUCAUCAUGGAAUUGACUUGGAACACCCCAUCCUGGCCUUGAGUAUGACAAUUAUAUCGAUUUCUGUUAAAGAAGGGCUCUAUUGGAUCACAAAACAAGCUGGGGAAAGAGAAGGAAGUGGACUCAUGAAAGCAAAUGCAUGGCACCACCGUGCUGAUGCUGUGUCGUCUGUAGUUGCUCUUAUUGGGGUUGGUGGCGCUAUCAUGGGAGUACCAUAUUUUGAUCCACUUGCUGGACUUGUUGUAUCAGGCAUGAUUUUGAAAGCUGGGCUUGAGACUGGAUACCAGAGUGUCCUGGAGCUAGUUGAUGCAGCAGUCCCACCAUCUGUUUUAAUGCCCAUCAAGCAAACAAUUACUGAAGUUGAAGGUGUCAAGGGAUGCCACCAGUUGAGGGGAAGAAAAGCUGGGUCAUCCUUGUAUCUUGAUGUACAUAUUGAGGUAGAUCCCUUUUUGAGUGUUAGUGCUGCCCAUGACAUUGGUGAGGCUGUGCGUCAUCAGAUACAGAAAUAUCAUAGUCAAGUUGCUGAAGUCUUCAUACAUAUUGAUCCAUCAUAUUCUCAAUACUCGGUGUCAUGCCAAGGAAAGAAAUCCAAGAGCAUAGACGGCCAGAACCCAAACAUCAUUUCCGGACAAGAAGAAGCUGAAGCCAUUGUGGCUGAUAUUCUCUCAACGCUAUUUUCAGAGAAAAUGUCCCUUGAACAUGUAACAUGCUGCCACUCAUUGCAAGGAAAGGUAUUACUCCAGGUUCAAGUCUCCAUGCAUCCUGAAUUGCUGAUACGGGAUGCAAUGGACAUAGCAAAAGAAGCAGAAAAGGAGAUACUGAAGGCUGCUUCUAGCAUAGACCAAGUUAGUAUCCAGCUGACAUUGGGGCGUACAGUAUCAGAACUUCAUGAACCAAUAGAUCGCAAAGAAGAAAUGUUGGAUUCGCAACACUGAUAUACUUUCUGUUCGUAAUAAGUUAUGUUAAUGAGCAAAUCUAAAAAUUUUGUCAAUGGAUUUUUUUUUAUACCCUUGGGCUGCUGUUUCUAUGUAGACCAAUGUCAAAAUAUAUGCUUCAUUAGCAUUGCUGCAUUCAUUUUUUCUGCAUAUUGCUGAUGGUAUCGCAGUGUAGUGUAAAAUAAACAUACAAAGUCUAUAAAUCAAUAAAUUUUUGGCACCAUUUACCUGUGA